AUGCUAAGGUCUGUUCAUUUCACUUCUGUUAGAGGGUUCCAUUCUGCUGCUGUUCUUAGUGCCAAAGCAGCUGCUCCAGUUAAGAAGAAGGCUGUUCAUGGGUAUAAAAAAGUUGGUGGAGGUCAAUCUAAAAAGACUUCAGGUGUUGGUAAAUUUUUCCAUGAAUAUGUAUCAGAACAAAAAUUAGAUUUAAAAGCUGAUGAAUUAAAUGGUGUUGAUAUCUUGAAGAAAUCAACUAAGGAAAACACCGUGGUUAAAUAUAGUCAAUUACAUAUGAAGAAAUUAAUUAUUGCAGGUAAUUUUAAACAUAAUCAAUAUAGAGAAUUAUUCAAGACUCCAAUAACGCUUGUUACUAAAGAUACUUUAAAAAUGUCAAAAUUUGUGGAAAAUUCCAUAGAAUCAAGUUCCAAAGAUAAUAGAAUAUGUAUUUUGGGUGAAAAUGGUAUUGGUAAAUCAACUUUAUUAGGUCAAACUCAAGCAUUAAUUUCAGAUCAAGGUAAUUCAAUAAUUUUACCAAUUCCAUAUGCAACUCAAUUAGUUAAUGGUCGUAAUGAUUAUUAUUUUGAUAAAAAUUUAAAUACUUAUAUUCAACCAAUGUAUUUAAAAUCAUUUUUACAUAAAAUUAGAACAAUAAAUCAAGAAAUUUUAAAAAAAAUUCCAAUUCAAUCAGAAUAUUCAUUUGAAGGUAAUACAAGAUAUAAAUCAAUUUUAAAAGCUACCCCUAAAAGAGAUACAUUAUUUGAAUUAACAAAUUUACGUGUUACACCAAGACAAAGAGGUAAACAAUUAGAAGCAAUCAUUAAUGAAUUAUCUAAACAAUCUGAAAUUCCAGUUUUUUUAACUGUUGAUAAUUUUUCUGCAAUUACAUCAAAUCCAAGAACCGAGUAUCGUGAUGUUAAUAAUAGUAAAAUUCAUGUUUCAAAAUUUCAAUUAUCUUCAUUAAUUUUAGAUUUUGCUCAAGGUUCUAAAAAUUUCCAAAAAGGUGGUGUUAUUUUAGUGACUUCAACUGAUGAUAAACCAUCACCAACUUUAUAUGCAGGUUUAGGUCUUGCUACAGUGGAUCCAUAUACUAAAAACACCGUAUAUGAUCAUGAAGUUGCAUCAAAAUUAAAAGGUGUUGAAUCAUUUGAUAUGUCAAGAUUUUCUAAAGAAAAUGUUUCAUCAAUUGUUAAAAAAUUUAUUGAUGCUAAAAUCUUUAAUAAUAAUGAAUUGAAAUCAAAUUCUGUUGAUUCAAUUAUAAAUCAAAAAUAUAUCUUGAGUGGGAAUGGUAAUCCUGGUGAAUUGAUUAAAUCGAUUUUAUUCUUACAUUAA